AUGAUUUGUAAAAAGGAUGUUACCCAAUGGUUUAAAGAACUCGAGAGCUAUAAAAGAAUUGACACUAUGUGUACUUUACUCAACAUGUGUCUGCCGUUUGAAUUACGGUUUUUAGGUACAUGUCUUGAAGAGUUAGGCCGGCGCGAUUCACAAGAAUUACGUGGCAUGGAAUUGCGUGUAAACAAUCCUCAAGACUUGGCAACUGAUAUGGUAGCUUGUCAAAAAGGGGAGCCAACUGAUAAGAAGAUACGAAGAAAAAUGGCUCUUUACCUAGCGUUAAUACGAGCUUGUAAUCGUACCUGUGUAACUGAGAUCUUUCGGACAUUGGAUGGCUGGGGUGAUCGUGACUUUUUAAAUAUGAAUGAUUCAGACACUUUACAAGAGCUACUGUUAGUAUAUACCAUGGCAGCAAAUCAUCCGGUAUUUUCAUUCGAUCAACAAUGCAAGUGUACGCAAAUAUUUGAGAAGAUUAAAGAAAACAAAUUAGUUGCCGAUUUUCAGUCAUCGUCACAUCAACAGCCGACUCUUGACCAAACCAUAGUUCAUAAUCCUCAUCAGCAGGAACAGCGUCAGCAUUUGCCUCCGUCCCACCAGGAAAUUCCACAACCUCUUUUACAUUCAAUGCAUAUUCCUGGGCAGCCACAAUUAUUGACGCCCCUCAACAUAAUGCCACCUAUUCCUAUGACUUUUCCACAAGGUCUUCAUAAGAUAAUGCAAGCUGAUGGAUCUAUUCAGCACCCUGUACCCGUUGAUCCUCACAUGAUUUUAAAUGUCAUUCCAACUGAGUCGAAUCCUAUGUUUCAGCCAACAUGGCAACGGAUGUAUCCACAAACGGUUGAGCAUCCCCCACAGUCAGCUUCGCCAAUGCUUAGCCAACAAUCUUCGCCAUCAAGCAGCCGAACAACAAGCCCAAAUCGCAACACCGGUAAUAAUAUGAUGCAGCCUGGAAUACAAACAGGUAUGCAAAUGCAAUCAAGGAACAUGCCGCAAAGAAUGAGCGCCUCGUUAAAAAAUGUGAGGCGCCCGUCAGCUGAAACUACACCGCCACCCCAACAUCAAAUGAUUCAUGACAUUAAUAUGGCAACCAGCGUCAAGAAUAUGGAUGAUGGUGUUGUUGGUAGCGAUGCCGGUGGAAAUCCUCUACAAACAUUAAUAAGAAAUGGCUAUCCACGCCGUCACAAGUCUGCCAAUUACGCGCCACUUAUUCAUCAGCAGCAACAACAAUUAUCGGUAAAUCCACAUUUUCAACCGGUAACAAAUUUUUCUGCAUUAGCUUAUUCAAUGCAAAAUAUGUCUAUGUCGGACGGAUCUAAUAGUGGGUUGGAUACCACCUUGGUUGGGGGAUCAAUAAACUCGAAUAAAAGUGCUGGCAGUGAUACAGGUAGUUCUAAUGGUUCAUGCGGUGAUGCUUCUCCUCCAGAAACUCCAACACUUUCUGGAACAUCUAAUAUGCCAGGAAUGCGACUUGGCACUGAAAAUCAAUUGCAAAAGCAUCAGCAACUGGGCUAUAAUAAACAACCCGGAAAUAUAAGGCUUAAUGGUCGUUCGGACAAAUUAAUUUCGGCGAAUGUUGUUGUUAAUGCGGUUAGUACGGCGGCGACUGGUAUGUAUACAACACCAAUGCCAAAUACACAUCCAGCUAUGACGCAACAGACACAGUCAAUGUAUGGCACUGAAAUUAUGUUGACCAAUAAUAAUAACAGCGGCUUGGGCAAUAAUAUUGCAGUUGUGAAUGCUACUACUAAUAUUGGAUCGAGUAAUAAUAACUUAGGAGCUAAUCCACUGCUAUUGAGUUCAACAUCAGCGGGUGUCGCUGGUGGUGGUGGUGGCAUUAUUACUAAUAUGGCACCAAAUCCACUCCAUAUCCUGCCUACACCGCAUCAACAGCAGUACAAUACCACAUAUCCAUAUCAUGCAGCGCCUACUGCCCAACAUCAGCGGCUGAUAAGCCAUGCUGGCGGUCCAGCGCCACCACCGCUACGUCUUAUGCCAAACGAGCAUAUUUAUUCAUACUAUCCAAUACCUGGUGCGCCCGGUGGUGCACCACCAGUAGCAUUACGACCGACAAAUUCAGUGCCGCCCAAUACAAGCGUUACAUCCGGUGUAACAGGUGUGCUGCAGGUACAGCAACAACAACAGACUGCGCAGGCGCUACAAGCCAAUCCGACUGUUAUCGCUAGCCCAACGCUAUUGGCUGGUACACCGUAUAGCACACAAACAGCGUCAAUGCCUAAUAAUAAACACUUGUCUUGUUACAAUUGUGGAUCACAAAGCCAUAGCGGGCCUGAUUGCCAAGAAGCGUCUAUGGAGGACGUAACGCGUAGCGCUAUUUACAAAUUGGACUACAGUGGUUCAUCGAGUGCAUCACCAUCGACCGUUUCGUCUGUUGCGAAUAGUGUAGUUGUUGGUAGUGCGGGUGGUGGUGGAGGUGGUGGACCCGUCGUUAGCGGUAAUGUUCUAACUGAAAGUUUCAAUCACCCGCAACAACAACAUCAAAAACAACACUCAGUGGAGGUAACAGGAACCAGCUUAGUCGGUUCACAGAGCAGUGCGUCCACCCUACAUUCGUCCACGCCCGCCGUCAGUGCAGUGAAUACAAAGUGAAGUUACGUGUGCGGUCUUCGAAAACUGAACUAAACAUAUACUCAGAAUUAAUUACUGUGUACGUGGUACUCAUUCAGUCUUAACUAUAUAGCCGCUGGAAAACGGCUAGUUAAGCGUUAUACAUAUACAUACAUUGUAUAUGUAGGUGUGGGCGGGUGAGAAGACAAACUGAAAAUAUAUAGGAUAAUGUUAGUUGAGGCUUGCCAGCUUCUUGCUGAGCUUGCGGUAUAGAGAUUUAUACAGUUAUAAUUAGCGGAAAUCAAAUUUCACGCUUCUUUUAGUAAAUAAGAUUAAAAUUAGAGAAACUUUUUAAUAACAAAUGAUUAAUAUAUAAAUAUAUGUAUAUCAAUAUUUCAAUGUUGAAAAAGACUUAAUUAAUUAAUUAUAAAGUGAAAAAUAUACAAAAAGGGGAAAUAUCGAAAAUGUCUGCAAUUGAAAGCAAGUUCUGUCUGAUGUGUGGCUAUAGGAAUGCGAACAAUAUUUACUGAAAUAAUCAACUAAUGCCCAUGUAAAUGUAUGAAAACUACCUUGAGCAGAUUGAAAAAGGUCAGGGCUUCUUUUACUUAAGUAAUUAUCAAAUUAGAAAAGAAUAAUGUAUUAAAAAUAUUCUUAGACAUAUAAAUCUAUCGCUUUUUCAAUAUCCAUUCGUUUUCAAACAAAAUUUUGAUGUUAUGCUAUAAAAAAAAAACUACAUUUGGUAUCUAUAUAUUUUUAUAUUUUUUUUAAGGAGCAUGCUAAAAUAAAUUUUGCUACUAAAACGGUUAUAAAUUUGCAGUAUGCAUUUACUAUGCACUUUUAUGUAUUCGUUAAAGGACUAUUAAAAUAAAAUGUUCGCAUUGCUAUAACUGUAAAUACACACACAAAAACAAAAAGAAAGAAAGAUAAGAGCACAUAUACAUAUAAAUAUAAUUAGUGCUCUGUGCCAUGCACCGAGCAAACUUCGGCAAUGAAAAUUAUAAUUCUCGGAUAAGAUAAAGAAAAAUAAAUUUUUGGAGAUGAAUCAAAUUAGGAAUUAAUAAUUUGUGUUUUACAGUAGUCACAUUCUUCUAUGUAGUAUAUAUAAAUGUAUAUUUAAGUAAAAAAUAAUUAUUGUUAGUUAAAGGAUACGUGAAAGAAUAAUAAGUAGGAUAUGAAAGAAAGUAGAUGGAGGGGAAGAGAAAUGUUUAAACCAUUUAUAUUAAAUACGCGUAUAUGAGUAUAUAUAAUCAAAUACAUCUUAAUUAUAGAUAUUUCUAAACAUAUAACAUUGCUGUAGAAGGAGAUGCCUAUAACUAUACAUACAUAUAUGAAUAAUCGUAGAAAAAAAAGGAAAUGUCGAAAAAUUGAAUACGCAUCGCAACAAUUGAUUUUUGCAUGUGAUUGUAAGUAGUCAUGUAUGUAUGUGCGUUUGGAAAUAGCAAGAUAAAAGCGUUUUGGCAACAAAGCCUUUUUUUUUUGCUAUAACCGUUGGUAUUCUUAUAUUGUAUUUGUAUACGGAAGUUUAAGCCAAUAUUUAAAAGAUAAUUAAAGUUCAGUUGUUAUAUUGAAAAAUGAUUGAUCUAUAUACAUGUAUAAAUAAUCGUACACACAUUCGCACAUAUUUAGCAGUCGGAAAGAAUAAAGGACUAAUUAGUACAUACAUAUAAAAAUACAAUUGUACGUGUGAAAUUCGCUCUGCAGCUUAAACUUAAGGUGGGAAAAGCUAAUUAUUCUUGACUAUUUUUUUUUUAACAAACACUACUAUAUAAUUUCCUUUGUUCGAAAUUUUAAGCCGUCUACUUUGUAUUCAUAAAUUAUUUGAUAAAUUAAUUUAAAUAAUAAAUUAUAUGUACAUACGUAUAUAAUAUAAGAUUAAAUAUAAAGGACAUUGAACUAAACGUGUAUUAUGUUUUAUUGAAAUAAAUCGUUUCUUAAACCCCUGUAAAAUA